AUGACGUCUGCGCCCCCCGACUGCCUGCUGCGGCUGCUCCGGGGCACCCCGAGGCAGCGGGUCUGCACCCUGUUCAUCAUCGGCUUCAAGUUCACGUUCUUUGUCUCCGUCAUGGUCUACUGGCACGUCGUGGGAGAGCCCGGGGGUCGAGGACAGCUCUCUAACCUGCCUGUCGACGUCCCCUGCCCCCACGUGGUCCCUCUGACCCCCCUGCCCUCCGGCACCCCGCCUCCAGGCAACAUCUUCUUCCUGGAGACCUCCGACCGGACGAACCCCAACUUCCUGUUCAUGUGCUCCGUGGAGUCAGCCGCCAGGGCGCACCCCGAGUCCCCGGUGGUGGUCCUGAUGAAGGGACUGCCUGGCGGAAACGCCUCCCGCCCGCGGCACCUGGGACUCUCGCUCCUGGGCUGCUUCCCCAACGUCCAGAUGCGCCCCCUGGACUUGGGGGAGCUCUUCCGGGACACGCCCCUGGCCGCCUGGUAUGUGGCCGUGCAGCGGCGCUGGGAGCCCUAUCUGCUGCCCGUGCUCUCGGACGCCUCCAGGAUCGCGCUGCUGUGGAAGUUCGGCGGCAUCUACCUGGACACGGACUUCAUCGUCCUCAAGGACCUGAGGAACCUGACCAAUGCGCUGGGCACCCAGUCCCGCUACGUCCUCAAUGGUGCCUUCCUGGCCUUCGAGCGGCACCACGAGUUCAUGGCGCAGUGCAUGCGUGACUUCGUGGCCCACUACAACGGCUGGAUCUGGGGCCACCAGGGCCCGCAGCUGCUCACGCGGGUCUUCAAGAAGUGGUGCUCCAUCCGCAGCCUGAGCGAGAGCCGCGCCUGCCGCGGCGUCACCACCCUGCCCCCCGAGGCCUUCUACCCCAUCCCCUGGCAGAACUGGAAGAAGUACUUUGAAGACAUCAGCCCGGAGGAGCUGACCCAGCUGCUCAAUGCCACCUUCGCGGUCCACGUGUGGAACAAGAAGAGCCAGGGCACGCGCUUCGAGGCCACGUCCAGGGCCCUGCUGGCCCAGCUCCACGCCCGCUACUGCCCCACGACACACGAGGCCAUGAAGAUGUACUUGUGA